AUGGCAACAAAGCUUUAUUAGUGUUCAUAUUUUCAACUGACAAGCGAAGAAGGUUCCGGUAUUUCCUACAUCUGUCAUGGCGUUCACUUACAGAAUGACGGACGGAGACAUCCGGCAGCUCAUUCACCUGAGGGCCACCAACAACGCCAUUUUCACGGGUCAAAAGAACUCUGCCAUGCAGGGCUGGAGGGCGAUCCGGAGGGAGAUGGGCCUCCAGGCAAUGCUGUCCGCAAGCCAGCUAAAGAAGAAAUGGGGCAACAUGAAGGAGAAGUACCGGGCCAUCAAGAACUCUCCGGGAGGUUUGCAGAACCGAACCAAAUCUUGGCGCUGGUUCCACCUGAUGGAUGAGGCCCUGAGCGGCCGUCUGGCGGGGACCGCCAAGGUGGUGGAGCCGUCGGUGUUGGAUGACGACGAAGAUGCCGUGCCUCACUUCUCUUUCGCCAGCAUGGUGGCACGCACGCCUGAACUGAACGUGACCGAGACAGGUAGAGUCGAAGGAGUCCCGGUGCCGCGAGACGUGUUCAGCCUAGGCACUGAGGUGUGCGGAGACAACAUCAUCAGUAAAACCGAGUCCCAUGAAGACGCCGGCCCUGAUCUUCAUUCUCGGAAUGGCGUGCUGUAUCCCUCCUUGCUGUCAGAGGGCAUUGUGGCACAGAGUGACAACAUGACGGCAAUGUCCGCCCACAGCUGCCCCAACGACGAGGAGCGGCGGGCUCUGGAGAGACGCUCAAUAGACAUAGAACGUGACCGCGCCAAUGUAGAACGUGACCGCGCCAAUGUAGAACGCGACCGCGCCAAUGUGGAACGGGAGCGCUUGGCGCUGGAACGUGACCGAGCGCAAUUGGAAAGGGACCGCGUAUCCAUACAACGGGACCGGGCCGCCAUAGAACGAGACAAAGUGUGUCUGGAUCGAGACCGGGCAUUUCUGGACAGAGACGCAGCUUUUCUGGAAAGGGACAGAGCGCUUCUAGAGCGAGCCAAGGCACUGCUGAGGUGUGGGGGGGAGCCUGAGCUGGUGCAGACCAGACUCUACCACAACUUGUUGGCUAAGGAUGUGGACCCACUGCAGCUGGAGAGCACACAGCGGCUGGUGUCUUUGUUCCAGAAGCUUGUGGAAAAAUUUUGAUUUUCCUGUGAUGACAUUCAUUACAACUAAUUAAAUGUUUACUGUUUGUUGUCUUUUCUCCCUGCUUUAAAAUUUGUGUCAAUAAAGCAUUUAAACUUU